CGUUUAGCGCAUUUGGCGUAGAGAAAUGUAAAAAUAAUAUCCUUUUGUCGAAGCAAUGCGCAGAAAAGAAACCGGAAGUAAAUGCAAAAAUAGGGGUUCAAAUUUGAAAAGUAAUUUCUAUAUUAAGGAGAAAAAAAGUUAAAAUGUCUCAAAGUCAGCAUUUACAUAAGUGUCCAGGAUUAAUCUGAUCAAAACAACAUACGUAAUCAAUAUUUUUUCUGAGGAAUUGCAAAUCUACGAUAUUCUUUUCAAGAAAUCGAGGCAGGAGAUAUGCUUUUUGAUUUUGUUUCCGAUGUUUUCUGGAUGUUCGCGGUCGCCAUUGCAGUGACGUCAUCGUGAAUGUGGUCUAUCUAUUAAUAUGGGGGCUCCCGGCAUCCUCCGAGCCGUUGCGGAGCAACCGGACUCUCAACUCUGGGAUCCGCGAGCAGCAGGUGUUUUGAAGGCUCUAUAUGUGGGAACUUAAAUAUAACGUGUAGUGGAAAAAAGCUGUCAAGAUUCACUUAGCGAGAGGGGAAAUAUGCCAAAAUUCCACGAAGCUCCAAAAAGUGUUAGAAACACUUCAGUCAUGGUCUGCACUGAGUCACUGAUUGCAGGAAGAUACCAGGUACAAGAGAAACUUGGGAGAGGCAGUUUUGGGAUGGUUUAUGUCGUGCUGGACAAGAAAUCCCAAAAAUCAGAAGAGCUGAAAGUGUUAAAGGAGAUAUCUGUUGGAGAUCUGGAACCAAACGAUACUGUCCAGGCCAAUUUAGAGGCACAGCUGUUGUCUAAGCUUGACCAUCCAGCAAUUGUUAAGUUCUACAGCAGCUUUGUGGAACAGUGUAGUUUCUGCAUCAUUACCGAGUACUGUGAGGGUGGAGACCUGCAAUGUAGAAUUGACGAGUAUAGACAAAGGGACUGGACCUUCACUGAAAACCAGGUCAUCGAGUGGUUCAUUCAGUUACUGCUGGGAGCCCAGUACAUGCAUGAAAGAAGAAUACUUCAUAGAGAUCUGAAAAGCAGCAACAUCUUCCUGAAAAAUAAUCUCGUAAAAAUAGGAGACUUUGGAGUUUCUCGCCUCCUGAUGGGCUCAUGUGACCUGGCAACAACUUUCACUGGAACACCUUACUAUAUGAGUCCAGAGGUCCUCAGUCACCAGGGUUACAAUUCCAAGUCUGACAUAUGGUCUCUGGCUUGUAUUUUGUAUGAAGUGUGCUGUUUGGAUCAUGCAUUCACUGGCCAUAACUUCAUGUCAGUUAUCCUGAAAAUCGUGGAGGGUGAAACUCCAUCACUGCCAGACAGGUAUUCCAGCGAGCUUAAUGCUGUCAUGACAAGCAUGUUGCAAAAGGAUCCAGCCCACCGCCCAGCAGCUGUGGAAAUUCUCAAAAUUCCAUACAUUGAUCAGCAACUCCAGAACAUCAAAUGCAAGUUUUCAAACAUCACCACAAAAGACAUAACAAUCAACUCUCAGGAUGAAGCUCUUCAAAUCAGGAAUGCUUUACAGAAGAAGAUCCACCUGCAGACAUUAUGUGAGCAGUCUGAAGUGCAGAAAAUGACACCACGAGAGAGAAUGAGACUCAGGAAAUUGCAGAGUGCUGACGAAAAAGCCAAAAAACUCAAGCAACUUGCUGAGCAGAAAUAUCAGGAGAAUCAUCAGCGCAGGCAGAAACUGAGGUUCCGCAACUUCCAGCAAGUCAGUGUGAACGUCCUGCAGGAGUGCAGCGAGAUAAAUCCACCACAUGCGAAUCAGACCCAGCCAGUGAGUGCAGAAGAUUUCCGAUCACUUGGCCAGGCAGAUGCCAGAGGGAAGGUAGCUUCAGAUCGACUGUGUAUGUCUGAGCCAGCAGACUAUGAGAUUCCCGAAGACCCUGCAACAGCAGAAGAAUUUUAUCACGAAGAUGGUUUCGAAUCUUGCUCUGAUGAAACCCUGGAGAUGAAGGACUCAGACGAAGACACCGAAUUUGCCACUUGCAGAACAUAUGAACAGGACACGGAUGUUGAUGCUCUGGUAAGAUGCAUGGAGGAUGUCCUGGACAGCAGAUCAUUAGAUAAUGACACUAUCAUUCCAGCAUUGUCCCAGGGACAGACAGCUAUGAACCACACCAUGGCAGAGACCAGGAUCAACCAUCUGAGGGAGAGAGCCACUCAGAAACUGGAAGCAGAUGUGUUUCAAAGAGUUUACAACUACCUGAAGGUGGCUAGGAGGCAUGACAUCAAAGAGGCAGAGGUCAAGGGUCAUCUGGAGAAGUUGGGGGCCAAGCCAAGUGACUGUUUUGAAGUUGACCAACUUCUGUACUUUGAGGAGCAACUGCAGGCCUCUGCCGCAAGAGUUAGCACUGAUGAUGGCCCUGAUCAAUUGUGACUGUGGUUAAGGAUGUGCCAUCAUCUUAUUGGCACAAAUACUCAAAAUCUUAGUAUCGUAUUAAUGAAAGCAACUUAAGCUGGACAGAAUUAAAUUCAAAACUCUGGACCUUGAAAAUAAAAGGAAGCUCUAAAAUAUCAAUUCUAAUUUUGGCAGUUGAUGAAAGAGGAACAUAGUUUAGCAAGUUCUCUAGAGUUUGUAACUUGUUUCUUUCCAUUACUUGUUCUCCCAAUUAGUCAGAAUCAAAAACACAGUGGAUACUGGAGAUCUGAGUUCAAAAUAACAGGAAUUGUCGGAAAAACUCAGCACAGGCAUCUGUGGAAACAGAAACAGAGUUACUGUUUAGGGUGCAGUCUGACUCUCCUUCAGAACCAUAACAUCAUUGGUACAACGACAUCUUGUUCAGUGAGGUGGAAAUGGAUUUGUAACUGUGUGUGUUAGGUUCACUGCUACUGAAAGCACCUGAUAGCUUAAUUCUCUAUAUGUUGAAUGUUACAUUUCCAAAUUAUGAUAAAUCCCACAUAAUUUCUAUUUUUCUGAUUGUGUAUGAUCUUUUAACUUCUCCCUAAAUCUUAUGUGCAUGUGUCAAUCAUUUAUUCUGCCAUCUGUAAAAUGUAAAAAUUAAAGGCAAAAUUGGUGCUAUGAUGUUUACUGAUUGGUUGGCUGUGCCCCGUUCAAUUGGCUGCUAACCCUACCGGAUGGCAUCACUGUUGCUGGACACCUGGAGCUCCCUUUGACCUGGUGAUGCCUGAUUCACAUUGGCGAAGGAAAAGGGGAAUCCAGGUCACAGAGAUGGAGCAUUGCUGCUUCCCAACUGAUGGUGAAACCUGUGCCACUGAAACCCAGAUGUGUCUGAGGAAUACUUUGCUUAUCUUUAAAGCUGUACAACAUGUGUGAUUUAGAGAAAAUUGGACAGCGACUUAACUCUAUAAUUUAAUGCCUGAAAGAGCUAAUGUAGAGCAAUACAAUGUUAAGGAGAAAAGAGCAAAGAGGUCAGCAGCAGACAGCUGCUUGUAAUUAUGUGUAUUGAUUUCCUUUUCAAGGAACUGUUCCCAAGACCUGAAGUCGAGAACACAUUUCACAUCUGACAGCAGGCGUCAGACAAGACUGCCGGGAAUAAUUGUUCAAGAUGCUGACUUUGAAUGUCACACCUCGGUGAUGGGUGGUAAUAUAUAUGGCACUGAUAGCAAUCAUCAGAAUUUCAGCAGGAAUAUUCCUUUAGGGUUCUCCCAAUCAGCCCCAAGGGGAACAAAGAAAUGUCGGCCCUUUGGAUUUUGCAUUUAUAUUGAGAGAGGAACUGUCAAUGUUUACAGU